UUUGAUCUGGAAACCGAAACAUCACAAGAAAUAGUUAUCAUCAUCACGGACGAAAAAGGGCUUUGGUGGCUGUGCUAUCGUUUUCCAUCGGUAAUCGGGCUAGUAUCCCGGGUACUGGCAGGAUAAUUUGUGACCUAUCGACGAGUUUGGAAGUUCCGCGCGUAGUUCCGUACGGCACCCGCAUUUCGCAUCGCAGUCGCCGUCAUGGCCUCAAUUUUCGACCAAUACUCAUCCGCGCUGAUAAGAGAAAAGUCGGUGGAUGAAGAUGCCAACGCAGGGCCCAAAACAUCCGGCUACGUCAGCGUGCGUACGCGAAAGGACGUUCCGAUAUUCAGCAAGCAGAAGAUGAACCUAAAUCUACCGUCCAACAUCAUGCACAUGAAGGUGCAGAACAACUGGCUGAUCAUACUUAUGACCAACUCGACGAUUUUGCGUAUGAAUUUGAUGCAUCCCGACAAAUUCACCGAGGUGCCCAUCGACAAGUUUAUCGGCGGGCUGCGUCCGUCCAGCAUCUAUGUUGAUCCGCUCGGUGUCCACACGUUGCUGACGUUCUUGCCCAAGUCGACCGGAUUUUCGCCGGAAUUGAUGUAUCUACCGCGCGGUAGCUUCAAACCAAAGUUCAUCUCCAAACUGAAGGAUCAGGACAUCACGGCUGUCGCGUUCAACCACCUGAAUAGCUCGGAAACGAAUACGGGGCCUAUCCUGCUGGGUACUGCCCACGGUGUCAUCUGGGAGACGGAAAUUGGUAUCGAGAGUGGAGAUAAGCUCGCGCAGUACAACGUCAAGCCGGUAUCCGACAUUGGCAAUGCGAUCACCGGGCUCGAGUUUUUCGUCAAAGCGGAUAGCCGAACCGUGAACUGCAUCAUUCUGGUGCUAACGGCCGAUCAUUUGUACAAGUUUCACAACUCCCAGUCGGGUGUUAGCGCAGCACAAGAAAUCCGAACAGCUGGUUUCCUUCAGACUGUUUUCAACUAUCUUUUGAAAAAAGAACCUAUCGGUGCCACCGAUACGAAUCAGUUGCCAAAGCUAGCGUUCAACUACGAGAAAGAUUGUCCGAAGAGCUUCAGUUAUCUAACGGAGGACGCUGUCUCGUACCAGGAGAUCGAGCCGUCUAUGAGUCAGCAGCACUUCAGAGUGCAGAUGGAGCUGAUAACCAACCCGAAAGGGCACGAAAUGCCUCCUCCAACCAGUUCGCAUAAGGUGACACCGAAGAGGACCUGCCCGAUCUCUUUUGUGCUGACUGACUUCCACGUGCUGCUGCUAUAUGCCGAUCAUGUCGCUGCUGUCUCGUUGCUUGACCAUCAAGUCGUGUACGAAGAGUAUUUUGUCGAACAGUACGGGCGCUUGAUCAAUAUAGUGAAGGAUAUACGUUUGAAUGUUAUUUUUGUAUACAGCAAUAAGAUGAUAUUCCGAUAUAAGAUUGUUGACGAGUCUCGGAACGCCUGGAAGCUUUAUGCGGAUCGGCAAAAGUUCGAUCUAGCGCUACAGUAUUGCAACAAAAACCCUGCGCACCGUGAUAUCGUGCUCGUGAAGCAGGCUCAAUCGUACUUCUACGCAGGGAACUACUUCGAAGCCGCUCGUAUCUUUUCGGAAACCACGCUCGGUUUUGAGGAGGUUUGCCUUAAGUUCAUGCAGGUCGAUGGAAACGAAGCGUUGCUGUUGUAUUUACGCAACCGACUGAGCCAGCUCAAGCCACACGAGAAAACGCAAAUCACGAUGUUAAUUGUGUGGAUCGUACAGCUGUAUCUGGUACAAAUCUCGCACGUCAGCGCUGUAUCGGCGGAGCUGGCGCAAGAGCUACAGCAAGAGUUUGACGCCUUUAUGAGCAAUAAGACGGUGAUACAGUGCGUGCGCAAGAACCGCAACUCCAUUUAUGAUUUAAUGUCGUCAUACGGUGACACACACAAUUUGACUGCUCUCACCACGAUUAAUCAGGAGUAUGAAUCGGUCAUCAAGCAGUACAUCAAUCAGAACCGCUACGAAGAGGCGCUAGUCGUGCUGUCCGUGCAAGCAAAUGCGGAGCAAAUCUACAAGUUCGCGCCGAUAUUGAUGGAGGUGCUGCCCAAGCAAACGGUAGACAUGCUCAUUGCGCGUGGCCAUUCGCUGUUGUAUCCGGUGAAGCUGAUGCCGACGCUGCUGCAGCUGGAUUCGAAGGAGCAGGCCCAGCAGGCGGUGCGCUACCUAGAGUACAGAAUUCAUUCGCUAGGCUGCACGGAGCGUUCGAUACACAACUUUCUGAUUCAGCUCUACGUGACAUACUAUGCUGAUCAGUUGCUCACAUUCCUCGAAUCGCAGGGCAAGGAGAUUACCCUCGUGAAUUACGAUCCGCACUAUGCGUUGCGCCUGACCCUGAAGCACGGCAUCAUCCAGGCGAGCGUAUUCCUGCAGUGCCUGCUGGAGAUGUGGAUACCGGCAGUACAGCUGGCGCUGACGCUGGAGGGAACCUCAGGGCGUCAGCUCGCUCGUCAGACAGCCGGGCAACCGUUCGAUCGGGACGUGCGCAAGCGCAUGUGGUUGAUCAUUGCCGAGCACGAGAUUAAGCGUCUAGGUGAUGCAGAUGUUCAGCAAGCCCUCACCAUUCUCAACGAGUGCGACUUGCUACGCAUCGAAGAUUUAUUGCCCUACUUUUCGGACUUUCAAAAAAUAGACCACUUUAAAGAGGCGAUCUGCACCUCACUAAAAGAAUACAAUCGAAAGAUACAAGAGCAACGGAAAGACAUGGAGGAGUCUUCAAAGUCGGCCGAAAAAGUGCGGAGCGAGCUGCAAAAGUUCCGCAAUCGGUCGGUCACGCUUGGCGUUUCUGAUCAGUGCGAUAUCUGUUACAGUGUGUUGCUAGCUCGACCGUGCCUGGUGUUCCACUGUGGUCACAAAUUCCAUGCAGAUUGUCUGGAACAGCGAGUUAUACCACUGCUGACUCCCGAGCAAGCUAAACGAUUGAAGAUGCUGAAGCACACGCUGGCCAGCGCGCAAAACUUUGCCGACAAUGUCAGUGCGGCCGGCAGUGCCCCGCCCACAAUCUCUCACAAAGAGAAGCUGAAGAGCGAGAUAGAAAACAUCCUAUCGCAGUGCUUGUACUGCGGCGAAUUAAUGAUAAGUAGCCUUGAUAAGCCGUUUGUCCAGAACUGGCAGCAGGCGGACAGCGAAUGGGAUUAAGGCAAAUCGAACUAGUCAGAGUUGAUCCAAUGGUGUUAUCAAAAGCUGAUAUAGUUUCACUAGGUGUUUGUCUCGGCGAAGGUUUGCCUUUGUUUAACCGUAAGGAAUUUUCCAGUAUACACAUCAACAAGCAUGCAGCAUGAAGCAUUAAUACAAAAUUUAAAUGUUAAGGCAUACCUCCAUAGUUGAAGCUGCUACUCCAAUGGGCUGGAAUGUUUUUGCAUUAAUCAUCGUUCCUUGGACGUGUGCGCAAUAAAAUGAUUUCGCCGUCACUAUAUCUACUAUAUAUCUAAAAUCUAAACCUUGCGGAUACAUAGGCAGACACCAUGUUUCCAAUAGACCAUGUUGGAUGUAAUCGUAAAAAUAACGGAUAUUGUACGACAUCCAAUCCAACGGAUAAAUAGAUAUUCUCAUUGUUAAACAUUGCGCGACAUCUAAUGCAAUUAAACCGAUCCGACGAAUAAAUAUAAAUGCAGCAUACU